AUGAAUUCCGGCUUCGAGGACGACAUCGAAUCUGUGCUUCAUAUUGCACGGGAGGUAUCAGUGUUCAAGAUUCCACCACUCAAGGCCAAUGAAGGUCACAGAGCAGGCGAAUGGGGCGAUCUAGCUCAGCCACUGUGGAAAGGCCGACUAAGAAUUUUAGAAAAGAAUUCUGGCGUCACCAUUCUAUUUGAGGAUGGUACCACAGGAGAACUAUUCGCAAAGGCUGAUUACGAUCCAUCCAAACCGUGUGUUGAAGCAGUGCUGGACUCGUCCCGAUAUUUCGUGGUACGAAUUGAAGAUAACGGGAGGAAAGCCUACAUUGGAAUGGGUUUCAUUGAGCGUACCGAUAGCUUUGAUUUUAGUGUUGCGCUCCAGGAUUACACGAAACGCUGGCGCGCAAGUCAGAACCCUUCUGAGCCUUCCGAGAACGAAGACAAACCUUCACCUCACAUCCCUGCUGGACCGAAGAAGGACUUUAGCUUGAAGGAAGGACAGACCUUUUCAAUCGCUAUCCCGGGGAAGAAGAAAGCAGCCAAUGAGAUUUCAACGGACCUUCUGAGUACAAGUAGCGCUUCUUCGGUUUCUGGAGCUUCAGGGGGCGGUUUUCCUCUCCUACCACCUCCGCCCAGCAGUGGGGCAAGACGAAGAUGA